GCUGCGUGAUGACGUCUCUCAUUCCGGCGGGUAUUUUUCACUGUAGAGCUCUUCGGGUAGGAAAAGUCAAACCAAACCAAACCAAACUUAUUUCUAAGCUAAAGAAAAGUCUUUCUGGUUUUGUGACAUUCACUGAAGCAACAGCGGUGACAGUAUGUCCUCAGCGGGGAGAUGGACUGGCAUCAGCUGGAGCUCAGCCCGAGGAUCAUUGCAGCCGUGAAGAGAGCUAAACUCACAUCUGUCAGAGAGGUGUUGUGCGUUUCUGGCCUGGACCUGCAGAGACUCACCGGCCUGUCCCUCUCAGACGUCCAGCAGCUGCUCACUGCUGCUGCCACCGCCUGCAGACGACACCCUCCAGUCUCAGCCCUCCUGCUCCAUCGUGGAGAGUGUCCCAGGCUGGAGUCCGGCCUCAGGCUCAGCGUUGGCUGUCCCGUCCUCGAUGAGCUGCUGAGGGGAGGUCUUCCUGUGGGGGGCGUCACUGAGCUGUCUGGAGAGAGUGGAGCAGGGAAGACACAGCUGGCUCUGCAGCUCUGUCUGUCUGUACAGUACCCAGCGCAGCAUGGGGGACUGAGCUCAGGAGCUGUUUAUAUCUGCACUGAGGACUCGUUUCCCAUCAAACGUCUGCAGCAGCUGAUCAGACAUCAGUCCUGUCUGCGCUCUGAUGUCCCUCCAUCACUGAUCAGCAGACUCCAGUUCAGUGACCACGUUUACAUCGAACACGCUGCUGACCUGGACUCACUGCAUGUGUGUCUGUCCCGCCGUGUCCCCCUCCUCCUGGCUCGUGGUCUGGUCCGGCUCCUGGUGAUCGACUCGGUGGCGGCUCUGUUCAGGUCUGAAUUCCAGGCUGCUGAUUGGCUGGAGAGGACCAAACAGCUGCUCACCUUCUCCUCCACACUGCACCACCUGAGCCAGGAGUUUACCACACCUGUCCUCUGCAUCAACCAGGUGUCCGACGUGUUCAACAGCUCAGACGACACUUUCGGUCCUCAGUCCUCCAGCGUCUCACCAGCUCUGGGGUUGGCCUGGGCCAGUCAGGUGCUAGUUCGGCUGAUGAUUCGGCGCCUUCAGGUCACAGUUGCCCGUGGUGACCAGCGCAGCGCCCUGCGCAGGCUGGAGGUGGUGUUUGCUCCUCAUCUGGCCCGAGACGGAAGAGACGCCGCCGUCUGGAGGGAGGGGGUCCGAGGAGUCACGAGCGGCGAGCCGUGAACCGCACAAAACACUCAGAUUAAAGAUUUGUAAAGAUAUAUAAACAUAAGGAUGUACAUAAUAAACUACAUUAGAGCUGACAAAAAUAUAGCUUUUGCAAUGGAAGUUAUAUGUAUGUAUUAGCAGUCUGCCUUAUGGCCCAUUUCAUAUGAAAGUUCUGUAUUUAUGCACUACAUGGCUAAAAGUAUGUGGACACGGACAUGAUACACUACAUGUCCACAAGUAAAUGGGCAGCUGACUGUGCUGCCUCAUUAACUGAGCCAAGCUGAAUGUUUUUCUGCACUAAUCAACAUACUUUCAUGACAUUGUAUCACUUACUAAAUGCAGGACUUGUAACUUAGUACUAAUACACACAACUAGUACUUUCACAUCAGUAUCUGAGUACUUCUUCCACUGUAUGUUUUUGUGUCUUGAAUUAAAGAGCAGAAAUUUGACAGAAUCUAAGCUUAUUGGUCCCAAUACAAGCCCUUUCUAGCACUCAACCACCUUGGAGGAUAUUUUCAUGGAUUUUUAAAUGAUUUUCACUUUCUUUUUCUGUCCUGUUAGAAUUACUGUUUUAAAUAAAAUUCUUUUCCAAUAAUUUUCUAAAAUGUA